GGCCCGACAACAAAUGUUCGCUCCAGGAACGCCGCGGGCGGUGAAUCCAUCCAUACUUGUCCUGUUUCAUUGCAGACUCACCCAGCCACCAACCCUGGGUUACUGGCAAAAGUUGCAGAGGGAAAAGGCAAAAUAACAGACACGCUGAUCCUGCGUGAUGACGACACCACAAGGCCCUGCCGUGGUGCGUAACGUAACAUUCCAUUGAGAAGAAGAGGGAAAGAUGGCGUCCUCUAACAAUCCUCGCAAAUUUAGCGAAAAAAUUGCUUUGCAUAAUCAGAAACAGGCGGAGGAGACCGCUGCGUUUGAAGAAGUGAUGAAAGACUUGAACAUCACCAGAGCUGCACGGUUGCAGUUACAGAAGACCCAGUAUUUGCAACUAGGGCAGAAUCGUGGACAGUACUAUGGAGGCUCACUGCCCAAUGUCAAUCAGAUUGGAAAUGGCAACAUUGACCUGCCUUUUCAGAACUCGGUGCUGGAUACCAGUCGGACAACCAGGCACCACGGGCUGGUAGAGCGUGUUUACCGUGACCGGAACCGCAUCACUCCUCACCGCCGGCCACUGUCAGUUGACAAACAUGGACGCCAAAUUGACAGCUGUCCUUACAGCUCAGUUUACCUCUCCCCACCGCCAGACACGAGCUGGAGAAGGACAAAUUCAGACUCGGCCUUACACCAGAGCACCAUGAAUCCGAAGCCCCAGGAGGUGUUUGCAGGGGGAUCACAGGAGCUGCAGCCUAAACGAGUACUGCUGCUAACAGUGCCUGGGACGGAGAAUUCAGAGUCAAAUGCAGACAAGGAUGCGCAGAAACAGUUGUGGAAUGAUAAGAAGGAUGAUGCAUCAAAGCCCAACACAUGCGAUGUCCCAGGAAUCAAUAUAUUCCCAUCACCAGACCAGGAAUUGAACCCGUCCGUUCUCCCAGCUGCACACAACACCGGCGGUUCGCUGCCUGAUCUGACCAACAUUCAGUUCCCCCCUCCGCUGUCCACCCCACUGGACCCCGAGGACACGGUGGCCUUCCCCUCCCUAAGCUCAUCCAACAGCACAGGCAGCCUGACCACCAACCUCACCCACCUGGGCAUCAGCGCUGCCAGCCACGGGAUCCCCACCACCUCUCAGCCUGUAACGGCACAGCGCCGGCAACCCCCUGUGGUGCCACUCACCCUCACCUCUGACCUCCAUCUCCAACAGUCCCCACAGCAGCUCUCACCCACCCUGUCCUCACCUGUUAACAUCACACAGGCCGUGCCAACAGAGUCAUUGACCCUGGAGCAGCAGCUCGCCCAGUACCCCCUGUUCAACCAGCUGACAGCUCAGGCCCAGGCUCAGCUGCUCAGUGACCUGCAGAAGCAGCAGCAGGCCCUGCCACAGGGCAUCCAGCUCAUCACCUUGCCAACGCCGGCGUCCACUGGUACAGCCACUGCCACUGCCAGCAGCCCUUCCCCAGACAGCCAGAGCCAGACAACCGCCAGCAUCAGCAUCAGCUCGUACCGCAAUCAGAGUGGCUCACCAGCCACUCAGUCUCCAACCUCCCCAGUCUCCAAUCAAGGCUUCUCCCCCGGCGGUUCGCCUCAACACAUCCCGGUGGUGGGCAGUAUAUUUGGCGAUUCCUUCUAUGAUCAGCAGUUGGCAUCGAGGCAGACCAAUGCCCUUUCGCACCAGCUGGAGCAGUUCAACAUGAUCGAGAACCCCAUCAGCUCCACCAGCCUUUACAACCAAUGCUCCACCCUCAACUACACACAGGCGGCCAUGAUGGGCCUCACUGGCAGCAGCCUACAGGACUCCCAGCAGCUCGGUUACAGUAACCACAGCAACAUCCCGAACAUCAUCCUAACAGUCACAGGUGAGUCUCCUCCGAGCCUCUCCAAAGAGCUGACCAACUCUCUGGCCGGUGUUGGUGAUGUCAGCUUCGACGCAGACUCUCAGUUUCCUCUAGAUGAGCUGAAGAUCGACCCGCUCACCCUUGAUGGACUGCACAUGCUCAAUGACCCUGACAUGGUGCUCGCCGACCCCGCCACCGAGGACACGUUCAGGAUGGACAGGCUGUAAUGUUGGAGGCUGACUGUGGCCAAGAACAAGAAGAGGGGAGAAAAAAAACACACUAACUUGUGAAUGGAGAGAAACAAAGGGCAGGAUGAACCCUCUCCCUUGUUGCAUGGCUGUCCAGCUGUCCGACCUCGCCCUUGACUCCACGAAGCCCUUGGAAAUGAUGUGCCACCAACAGACAACAGGGAAAAAGACAUCCAGUGGCUUGCCAGGGAAUGGCCUCGCUGUCGUUUUGAAUGAGAUUGGUCGCUCAGCGCUUUCGCUAGCCUGCUGUGUUUACAGUGUACCAUUACAUGCCACAUAUAUUCCAAAAAUGCACAUUUGACAGUUUUUGGUUUUUUUUUGUUUGUUUGUUUUUUUCAUAUCCACUUAAAUCUUUGUUUUUGUUUAUAUUUGCUCGUAGCAGGAAGCUGCUAGGACAUUGGGCUAAACCGCUUCCGUUAUAACGGCUGUGUUCUAAAACAAAAAAGAAAAAAACUACAGUCUGUUUGCUUGUACCCAACAAUCAAAAGAAUCGGUUUUCCCAUCAUGCCGUAACGGCUUUCUAUUUCACACUCAAAGCUUUAAUUUCGACAACCAAAUGUUAUUUUCAUCAUGUACUGUAUGUUUUGGUGCUUUAUGUAUUUAUUUGUUCUAUUUAUUUAUUUGGUUAAAUAUUUUAUAUUCCAUUUCAUAAUUUAAAUUUGAUGCCAAAAUGCUCUCUGUAGGCAUAGUGUAAAAUUGCACUGAUGUAAUUUGUGUCUAUUUAUUAAUUACUAACAUAUUUAUAUAUGUGUUUGUUAAGCUACUUGGUUAAUGAAGGAGUGCAAAACCUCCCCAUAGUUGCUCUUUGGUAUUUGAUGUGCCAUUCUCUAAUAUGGGACGUGGUAGACGUUGCCAUGCUGCAGCCCAACGGUCGAAUCAAAAUGUCACAGUUUCCAGAAAUGGGUUGGUUUUACGCCACUUGAAUUAAUUUUUUCUGAGAAAAUCAUCAGGUAUUUCUAUUUAACUAGAAAGCAAGAGAAACGUGUCCAAAUUCAUUUUCUGCCAGUGAAAAGCCAAUACACAUCCAGACUGAAGCUGUCUGUUUUUAAACCAGAGAACACUAAAAUCUUAAAAUCUUUUUAAGUCGUCACUGUGAAAUCACCUGAUUUUGCCUUACAUGAGUAUUUUACUGUUCUACUUAAGUGUCUAAUGUGACAACGUAUUUUCGUAACUUAUUGUAACAUUUUCUUGUAUUUGAGAGGAACUUAACUUUUGAUCAGUGAUACUUGUGGUUAUGUUGUGUAAGGUUUGACAAAUCAAUGUACUGUAUUUUGUAGCGGUACAGUUUAUAGCCAAAUUGUUGAUGUUUUUUAAAGUGGGACAAAAAAACAAAACUGAAAAAAUUCAAAGGUUGGGUCUCAAGUAAUUGAGAAGUAGUGCAAUUAUGGGGAGGCUUUUUGCUUCUUGACAGGGAAGCUCUAAUAAAAACGCUACUGACCUUUGCCACAGGGGUCAUAAGUAACAAAAGUACCAUACAGCGUGUAGGGAUUUUAAUGGUCAAUUGUAGGAUAUUUUACAGUUUCAAAGCCUUAAAAUGGUUGUAUCCAUAAGGUGCAGAGAUGAUGAAUAUAAGGAUAUUUUUAUUAUAGUUAGUAAACUGAAGUACAUCAAAGCUAUUUAAAGGUUACGUUUAAGAAAGAAUAUGAGUGUAUUUAUAUAUUUAAAGUAUUUUAUGCAAUUUUUCGCCAGCACCGAGAUCGGCCCCGUUCCAUUCAGUGUUGUAAACAACUAAAAUGGUCACAAAAACAAUCAGGGAUGUAGUAGAGUCUAAAAUUGUUUACACCACCUUCUCAACUGAAAAGAGUUCAGACAGGUUGCAUCUGAAAAAUGUAUACACUGAUAUCAUCUCUAACUACAUCCAUGGCACAGUCUCUUUUGCCUAAAUGUGUCAAACAAAUUGUGUGAAAGUCAAAAAUUCACUUCAGAUUUCAGUCCGUUUCAGCCUUUUGUCAGAGUUUCCCUGAGAGCUUUGUGUAGGUCUGUGGGAUCAUGGUUGGUAUAUUGUAAUGUUUGUGUACAGACGUGCUAAUCAUUUACUCACCUAAAGCGCUGUUUGCAAGAGUUCCCAACCCCACCUUCCGGAAAAGGAAUCACGUUUGGUUUACUGCACACCUCUACAGUUGCGCAGUUUGUUUCAGUUGAAGUGUUUGUCUGCUGUAAUUUUCCAUCAAAGGUUUUGUUUCCCUUCAACAGAUCUGUGAUUCCUAUGCAAAUAAGACAAAAAAUGACCCUUAAAGGAAGAAUCCACCUCCUGAUGUUUUGUUGUUUAACACAUUCCAGGAGUUAAGCUGGAUUUAUACUUCUGAAGUGGUGUCGUAAUGGAGACAGAGGCUUUGUACCUCCUCGAGAAUGUAUCUACACAUUGGAGCUGCAGCUAAAAACAUAAAUCGGUCAGCUUGGCCUGCUUGCAUUCUCUUUGACAUGUUGCAAGUGCUGGUAGAAAUUGUUGAUAGUGCGGUCAGCAUGGAGAAAUUCAGUUCAGGAGGUUCAUUAGUCUCCUCGAAAUCACUCGAAAAAUUUAUAUUGUGAUCUAAAGAAGCCA